AUGGAACGUUUAGUGCAGUCCCAGAGGUGUUCCAACAGCUUUAUACUGUAUGCCCUCCUGCCCAACAAGAAGCAAUCAACAUAUCAGCGCUUCUUCACCAUCCUCCAACAGAAUGCUGAAACCCGCAACCUGCACCUAAGACCAAGAACCAUCUUCACUGACUUUGAGAAAGCUGUCCAGAAUGCUGUAAGACAUGUUUUUGACUGUGAACUGAAAGGGUGUCUCUUUCACUAUCGACAGGCAGUUUGGCGCAAUGUCCAGAAGUGUGGUCUGCAAAGUGCCUUUGCAAACAACCUAGAUGUGAACUUGUUCGUGAGGAGAGCUUCUGCCCUACCUCUACUGAGACCUGAAGAUAUCGAAGAUUUCUGGUUCAAUGCCCUUGAAGCUGCUAACAUGGCAGACCCUUCAAUUUCGAAGUUGGCUGAUUACGUAACUGAGCAGUGGGUUGAGGGAGAAGACAGAAAUAUGUGGAACCAUUUUGACACGCUAGGUCCACGAACCACGAAUCAUGUUGAGGGGUGGCACGCAAGAAUCAACAAAAUGACCACCAACCAUCCCAACAUAUAA